UCAUCCACCCCCGGGGCCUUGCCACCGAGGAGCUUUUUAACUACCUUUUUUGAACAGCUCUUUGAAAAGAAUGAUUCCUUCCAAUCUCUUUUUUUGUUUCUUAAAUGAUGUGCUGUAAAAUAGUCAAGGUGAGGUGUCAACAAGGUGUGUUUGUGGCUGACAGGACUGACUGAGCUCCAGGAAAGGCGUCGAGUCGGGCAGGAUCAGCAGGUUUGACAUACCUUUGUCGAUGUGCAACGACAAGCAACUCUUCACUUUUCUGAGGACAUGGCGAUGAGGCGACUGCUGCUGACUUUGCUGGCUUAUUGGAGCGUAAAGGUGAGCUGGGCUGUGAGCAUCAAGCCCAACACGGAGAUGGAGUUCACCUUCGUGUUACCUGCCGGCAGCAGAGAGUGUUUCUACCAGAGCACAGACAAGGACAGCAGCCUGGAGUUUGAAUACCAAGUGAUCGGGGCGCCAAAUGUGGACGUGGGCUUUGUCAUGAGGUCGCCCAGCGGCCGCAGAGAGGCCUACGACUACAGGAGGUCUCACGCCGUCCACAAUGUGCCUCAAACCGAGGAAGGAGACUACAAGAUGUGUUUUGACAACAGCUACAGCAAACGGAAGGAAAAGUUGCUGUUCUUUGCCAUCGUCAUCACCGCCAUUUCCAACCACACGGACGACUACGAGGACCUGGAAGCCGACAUCAUCACACUGGACGACACGGAGUUAAAACUGGACGAGAUCAGGACCAAGAUGGACAAAGUCUACCUGUCCAUGCAGAGGGGUCGCCUGAUCCAGUUGAUGCUGAAGACCUUUGACACCAGGGACGUGCACCUCCAGGAGGACAACAUGUGGAAGGUGACCUUCUGGUCCUUCGUCAGCAUUCUGUGCGUCCUCACUGUGGCUGGAGUCCAGGUCUAUACUCUGCAGUCCUUCUUUUCGAACACCAGGCUCAGCUGACCACCUGCAGGCUUUUCACGUUCUUACUGCAAAACAUUCUGUGAAAAUGCAUUCGUCAAAAGAUACAAGCUGUCUUGAGACACAGCCUUGCCUCUUGAAAUCAAUUUAAUUAGUGCUUACCCCCCUAAAUCCCACCAUUUUAACAUGUAACAUGCUUAUUAAACCAACUUUGACAGACAAAAAACUGAAUAAAAACCAAACAACAGGAUGCAA